AUGUCUGACGUCGACCACUCCGAUUCUCGAGGACGACAGUCUCCGGGCAGCUACGACCGCCAAGCCAUGUCUCAAGACCGCGCCCGUUCCCGCUCGCCAGGCGCUUCCGGUGGUGCGAGCGCCUCUGCCGGUCCUGCCGACCGGAGGGAGGGAGGCAGUAGCCGUCCGAAGAGCUUUCAGGAGCGAGCAGUCGCCAGCCAGUUUGCCGCCAAUGAAGCAUCCAAGCGCAGCCAGAAGAACUGCCGGGUCUACGUCGGAAACCUGAGCUAUGACGUCAAGUGGAACGUUCUCAAGGACUUUAUGAGGGAGGCCGGCAACGUCGUCUUCUCCGAGGUCCUAUCCCUGCCCAACGGCAUGUCCAAGGGUUGCGGCAUCGUUGAAUACACCAGCCCUGAGGAGGCGCAGAGGGCCAUCAAGGAACUCAGUGACAAGCAGCUCAACGGUCGCCCUGUCUUUGUCCGGGAGGACCGAGAGGAUGAGGUCCGAUACGGAAGCAGUGCCGCCCCUGUGUUCCCUGGUGGUCGCGGCGGAUUUGGUGGCCGCGGUGCUCGAGGUGGUUUCGGCGGCCGAGGCGGGUUCGGCGGGCCGAUGAUGCGUGGCGGUUUCGGCGGCGGCUACGGAGGUGGCUUCCCCGGGGGCUUCGCCGGCGGCGGCUAUGGCGGCUUCGCAGGAGGCUACGGCGGAGGGUAUGGUGGCGGAGGAUACGGUGGAGGAUUCGGAGGCGUCGGGAGCGCCCAGCUUUUCAUCAACAAUCUUCCGUUUGGCGUCGGGUGGCAGGACCUCAAGGACCUGUUUCGCAAUGCGGGCAACAUCAUCCGAGCCGACGUCAACAUGGCACCCGACGGCAGUCCCAAGGGCACGGGCAUCGUCGUGUUCGACACCCCGGCCGACGCGCAGAACGCCAUCCACAUGUUCAACGGCUUUGACUGGAACGGCCGCAUGAUUGAGGUGCGCGAGGAUCGCUUUGCCGCCGGAGGCGCGGGCGGCAUGGGUGGCAUGGGUUACGGCGGUGGCCGCGGCGGCUUCGGUGGAGGGAUGCGCGGUGGUCGGGGUGGAUUCGGCGGAGGCUUUGGCGGUCGGGGAGGCUUUGGGGCUGGCGGGUUUGGUGGGGGCGGCGCCGUGAUGGGCUACGGCGGCGGUCCCUCUGGCGGAUACGGUGGCGCUGGCUUCGGCGGUCCCGCGCCUCAACUGCCACCCGCCAAUCCCAGCCAGCAGAUCUUUGUCAGGAACCUUCCUUGGUCGACUUCCAACGAGGACCUGGUGGAGCUCUUCCAGACGACGGGCAAGGUCGACGAAGCCGAGAUCCUGUUCGAGCACGGCCGGUCCAAGGGUUGCGGAGUGGUGCAGUUUGCGACGGUCGAGGAGGCCGAGACGGCCAUUGCCAAGUUCAGCAACUACGUCUACGGCGGGCGCGCGCUGGACCUCGAAUUCAACCGCAACUGGAAGGACUUUGGACGUGGCGGAGGAGGCCAGGGUGUCGAGGGCGCCCCGACAGGGCCCGCUGCCGACAGUCAGCCCCAAGGCUCCAACGGACACCCCAACGAAUCGUCGGUCGACGACGAUCUCUCGAUGCAACAGUAG